AUGAAUAGCAUCAAUAAUAUUAACUUCUUUAUGGGAAAUCAGAAAGAAAAAGUAGCCUUUGAAAUGGAAUCUAUUUAUAUGUUGCUUUUGCUGUGGUCUGUACCUUACUCCCAAGCUAAUGACAGUUACCACAAGACGUUUGCUGUUAAUUUGGCUACUGUUCUUCACCGAGGGUUGUAUUCUGAUUCGUUUACAUGUUUCAAUGGAGGUGAGUGUGUACAAAGAGAGCUCUGUGACUGUAGUCGAUUUAAUGCAACUGGAUCAAGAUGCCAAACAGUGUAUAACACAGGUGCUGAAAGAGAUCACAUAUGUCGAACAUGGGGUCAAUACCAUUUUGAAACCUUUGAUGGACUCUACUAUUAUUUCUCUGGGAUGUCCACAUAUGUACUUGUGAGACGGAAUGAAUUAGAUGAACAGAGUUUUUCAAUACAGGUUCAUAAUGACCCGGAAUGUCAAAGUUCUCCAUAUUCUUGCAAAAGGUCCGUUAGCUUAUUCUUUUCUGGAGAUGAAGAAAUAAAGUUGAGCAGUGAGGUCACCUACAGAGGACUUGGAGUAAAAUUACCCCAAGUUAUAGGAAAUGUGCACAUCCAAAAACUAGCUGGGUAUAUCCUAGUUAGACAUCAGUAUGCAUUCACUCUGGCUUGGGAUGGUAUAUCUGCUGUCUAUAUUAAAAUGACUCCAGACUAUUUGAGUAAAACACAUGGGCUGUGUGGAAACAAUAAUGCUGUCUUGCAGGAUGAUUUUGUGACUAGUUAUGGAAAAUUGACGGAAGACAUCGUAGAAUUUGUUGAGAGCUGGAGGGAAAAUUCUCCACAAGGUGCUCCCAAAGAGGAGGACUCUUUUAACUAUGAGCCACCCUGUCUGAUGCAAAGCCAAGUCUCUUUGCAGAAGGUCUAUGCUUUAUGCAAUACACUGUUGUGGCCCCCGUUUGAACAGUGUCAUGACUAUGUGAGUCCUCUUCCUUUCAUGGCCAGUUGCACCAAUGACCUCUGCAUGUCAGCAUCUGAUAAUGCAACUUGGUGUCGAGCAUUAACUGAAUAUGCCAGGGCCUGUGCCCAUGCAGGAAAACCUCUUCACAGGUGGCGGAUGCACUUUCAGCAAUGUGUUAUUACCUGUGAUGAACAAUUCACCUACAAUGAAUGCAUCAACUGUUGCCCAGUUUCAUGCCAGCAAAAAACACAAUGUAUUGACAGUGAGCUUCCCUGUGUCGAUGGAUGUUACUGUCCAGAUGGUCUAAUUUAUGAGAAUGGACUGUGUGUCAACCCAACAGAAUGCCCUUGUGACUACCAUGGAAGUUUCUAUAAAAUGGGCUCUGUAGUGCAUGAGGAGUGUAAUAACUGUACUUGCAUUGGAGGAAAGUGGAUUUGUACAAAUCUUACCUGUCCAGCUGAAUGCUCUGUCUCAGGAGACAUUCACUUCAUGACAUUUGAUGGGCGCAAGUACACUUUUCAAGCUUCCUGCCAAUAUAUUCUGGCAAAAAGCCUGACGUCUGGCAAAUUUACUCUCUCUCUGCAAAAUGCUCCUUGUGGACAGAACCAAGAUGGAUCAUGUAUCCAAACUAUCAAUCUUAUUAUUAAUCAGGACCCCAAGAGGCAAGUGACUCUGACUAAUUCUGGAGAUGUUUUGGUAUACGAUCAGUACAAAAUUAGCCUGCCUUACACGGAUGAUUCGUUUGAAAUAAGAAAGCUUUCAUCUGUAUUUCUGCAAAUAAAGACGCACAUUGGAUUACAGAUACUGUAUGACAGAGAAGGGCUGAGGCUCUAUCUUCAAGCUGAUGGCCAAUGGAAGGAUGAUACUGUGGGCCUAUGUGGAACUUUCAACGGGAACAUGCAGGAUGAUUUUCUAUCUCCAGCAGGAGUACCGGAAAGCACUCCACAGCUGUUUGGAAACUCCUGGAAAACUUCAUCAGCUUGUGCCCUUGAGCAUGACAAUUCACAGAUGGAUCCUUGUGAUAUUCAUCUACAGGCAGCCUCUUAUGCAGCAGAAGCUUGUAGCAUCCUUACAAAAGAACCGUUUGCUCCAUGCUACUCCUAUCUGAGUCCUGUUUCCUAUUUUGAACAGUGUAGAAAGGACACCUGUAAAUGUGGACAGAUUUGUUUAUGCUCUGCUUUGGCCCAUUAUGCUCAUCAGUGCCGAAGAUAUGGAGUGAUAAUAGAUUUUAGAGCUCAUGUCCCAGAGUGUGCUCUUUCAUGUGAAGACACAAAGGAGUACAGUACUUGCAUGUCUACCUGCGGACAAACUUGCCAAGCUUUGUCUAUGCCAGAGACAUGCAGUGGUGAUUGUGUUGAAAGUUGUGCUUGCCCCCCUGGAAUGUAUUUGAACACCAAGACUGAAAAAUGUAUACAGAGGAAUGAAUGUCCUUGUUAUUUUCAAGGAAUUGACUAUCCACCUGGAGAAAAUAUUAUCACAUCUUUAGGCAAAUGCCAUUGCAGAGAUGGAAUUAUGAGUUGUGAGGAUAACAACAUUGUGCAUAAUUGCCCAGCUGGUCAGAUUUAUGUUAACUGUAGUGAUCCACAGGUUAAUAUUGAACUUAGCAGGGAGAGAACCUGUGAGAAUCAGCUACUAAACCUCACCAUCUCAGCACAUCUUCCUUGCGUUUCAGGAUGUGCCUGCCCACAAGGCCUCGUUAAAUAUGGUGAUGCAUGCUUUGAGCCAGAUGAAUGCCCAUGUUCAUGGAAAGGAAAGGAAUAUUUUCCUGGUGAUAAAGUAAUUUCUUCCUGUCAUACCUGCGUCUGCCAGCAUGGGUCAUUUCAAUGCACCUUCCACCCCUGCCCAUCGAUGUGUACUGCCUAUGGGGAUCGGCAUUACAGGACUUUUGAUGGACUCACUUUUGACUUUGUUGGAGCUUGCAAGGUUCAUUUAGUUAAGAGCACAUCGGAAACUAGCUUCUCAGUCAUUAUAGAAAACAUUAACUGCUUUAAUACAGGAAUCAUUUGCAGAAAAUAUAUUUUCAUUAAUGUUGGGAAAUCUUUUAUAAUUUUUGAGGAUGAAACUGGAAAUCCAAGUCCAUCCAGUUAUAUAGAAAAAUUACAUACAAUACAUGUAUGGAAAGCUGGAUUUUUCACAGUUGUUCAUUUUCCACUGGAACACAUUACCAUUCUAUGGGAUCAGAGAACAACGAUUCAUAUACAGACUGGACCUCAGUGGCAAGGUGAACUGACUGGAUUAUGUGGAAAUUUUGACUUGAAAACAGUGAACGAAAUGAGGACUCCAGAGAAUUUUGACUUAACAAAUGCCCAAGAGUUUGGAAGUAGUUGGGCAGCUGUAGAGUGUGUUGACAGCUCUGACAUUCGUAAUCCAUGUAGUCUGAAUCCACUUAGAGAGCCAUUUGCCAAGAAGGAAUGUGGGAUACUGUUAAGCGAAACGUUUGAAGCUUGCCAUCCAGUGGUUGAUGUCACCUGGUUUUAUUCAAACUGUUUAACAGACACAUGUGGCUGUAACCAAGGAGGUGAUUGUGAAUGUUUCUGUACGAGUGUAUCAGCAUAUGCACAUCAGUGCUGUCAGCAUGGAGUCACAGUAGACUGGAGAUCUCCCAGAGUGUGUCCUUAUGACUGUGAAUAUUUUAAUAAAGCUCUGGGGAAGGGUCCCUACAAACUGGUCAGCUACUUGGAUGAAGAAAUUGCAAUGGCAGCCCAACUGAUUGGUGGUUAUGUUUUCCCAAUGAGAGCAAAAGAUUUUGUUCCUGGAGAUGCAAUGAGCUUUAUGCUGACUUCAGGAUUAUAUAAACCCAAAGCACAUGAUCCCAACUUAGUUUCAUUUGAAACAGCUGACAGACCAAAUUAUUUCCUUCAUUUGGCUCCUAAUGAUACCCUGAUUCUUUCCAAAUGGGAACAAAGUGAAGAGUUCCACAACAGAUCCACAUUUGCUAUCCACAAGGACACUUGGCUCCCAGGUUACAGUGCCUUCGAGUCAUUUGCAAAGCCAGGUUUCUUCAUCCACAUUUCAGCUUCUGCGGUUGAACUUUUCAAGUACCAUCAUUCAGAAGAAUUCAGACUCUCUACCCUUUUUAAACUCGUUGAUGUCAAAUUUCAAUUUCUAUCCCAUUCAACAUGUGAGUGGCGUUAUGAUGCCUGUACAAGCCCAUGCUUCAAAACAUGUAGAGACCCUUUGGGAGAGAACUGUCAGGUUGUACCAAAAGUGGAAGGAUGUGUCCCGACCUGUCCUCUCCAUAUGUUACUGGAUGAAGUCACUCAAAGAUGCGUGUAUUUCGAAGAUUGCAUUGAGCCUGCAGUUGAUAUUCAGCCGUCACCAUCCGUACUUUCACAUAUAACAUCUAGUACAUUCAACAUCUCAGUUGCAGCAAUAACUAGUAAAGAAGUAAUUUCAACUCUCGUACCUGAAUUAAAAGACACACACACAACACGUGCCUCAAAGUGGCAACUCAGUGCAACUGUAGAAAAAGCUACGUUUCCAACUGUUUCUGCAUCCAAAAUCACAGUUUUAACCACAUCUGUAACAUCAAAUGUUUCAGCACCACAUUCAACUGGAACUAUUUCUGGCAAAACUACUAGUAUGGCAAUUUCUGUAUCGCAGAAAGCUAAUAUAAGCUUCCCUUCUGCAGCUGAUGUUUUCCCCUUGAAAUCUGCUGCCACUACAGGAAUCUCUUCAGGUAUUCAAGUAACCAGUAGUAUUUCUGAAAAAGUAUUGGAUGCUACAGCACCUCUGACUGCAAGUACAACACAUGCAGUUACUAGGAGCAAACCAAUGCCUACAUUUAUACUUGCUGAGACACUAUCAAUAAGAACAGUAUCAGAAACACCAGUCAAAACUAUAACAGUAGCAGAAACAUCAGAAAUAGGCACAAGGAUACUUCCUGUAGUGGAAACUAAAUUAAAACCAGAAAAAACUUCAGAAAUUACAGCCGCUCCUUUUGUUUCAGCAACAAAGAAAACUACAUAUUUGACCCAAUACUCUUUGUUGCCAUCCUACUCGCCAAUAGAAAAUCAAACAAGAACUUCAGAAGCAGAAAAACUGAGCAUAGAGCAGCACAUUCCCACAGUAGCCAAUAUCUCUGAAACAUCGUUUUCUCCUCUGAUCACUACACUAAAGCUGAGCAUGAAACCAGUGUCUUUGGAAACAACAAAGGCAACAUCCAUUUCAACUAUGGAAGAAAUAAAAGCCACAGAGUUUUCAUCUUUGACACAGCUGGUAACAGUGGCAGAUACUGAAUAUCCCCCAUAUAUGGUUCAAAACUUGACUGAUAUUGCAGGAACCGACCUUACCACCACUCAAAGUGCAAAGACAACAGCUGUACAAACUAAAGAACUGCCAUCAGCAAUAACUAGUUUGCCACUUACAAUUGGUAAAAAAGAAGUACCCCAAACAACAUCAAGUGUGAAGCAUCCUUCAAGUUCAUAUUUUUCUCCAUAUUCCCUAUACUCCAGGUCAAGUGCAGUUACAAAAAUUCCUUCUGCAGAAAGACCUUCACCAUCAGUUUCAACUGCUGCUUCUUCAGGUUUAACAGAAUCAAGAGAAACUUUACAAACAGUAUCAACUACUGAAUAUCCAGCAUCCAAAGGGCUAAACUUGACAACUACUGAAUAUAUAUCACCUGUGUUUAUAAGUACAACCAAGACAAGUAUUUUCCCAUCUUCUGUUAGUGUGACAACAUCAGAAAUGAAAACGUCUGCUUUAGCAAAAGAGUCCUUGGGCUUGGACACUACAGUUCCAUUGGUAACUACAAAAAUGGACUCAGUGCAAACAAUGCCCCUUACUAGAUCUCCACAUAUUCUUAUCAGUGAGGCUGUAACCAAAAGAGUGACAGCAUCUCCUGAGAUACCACAAACAGAAGAAGUUACCAGUAUAUACAUGAGAGAGCCAUCUACAUUUGCUUCAUCACCAAGCUCCCCAACAUCUUUAACCAUGAUCCUUCUUCCACUAUCGACACGCCAAACAGAGGCAUCAACAAGGGCUACCAGUCCUAUGCGUACAUCAUCUGAAACUAUUUUCACUUUAUAUCCAAGGAGCUCAGCAAUCAAAUCUACUUUUUCAGCAGAAAAAGAGACACCCCCUUUAGUGACUGCCUCAGCCCUAUCCAUUACAGCUGAACAACUAAGCUCACAGACAACUACAUCACCCAAAGAAAUGCUAGCAAAUACCACUUUAAAUAUUACAUACGUCACAUUGCCACCAUACUCUGAAUUCAGCAGCAGAACAGUAACUCCCCCAAAAGUGACAGCAGUCAAAGAGGGGCCAACUCUGUCCACUUCUGUUACAUAUCCUUUCCUAAAGCUCUUUCACACAUCCUCCAGCACUCAGUAUCUGGAAGAAAAAUUAGUUUCCCCGUAUGAAUUAACAGAAACGCCUACAGCUCAAACAUCAUUAAUCAAAGAUUCUUCUUCUUUCACUACAGCUUCAGUAGGUUCUUCCUUUGUCCAAACGUCUUCAGUAAAGACAGUUUCUGAGCAAACCAGGAAGGAGUCGUCUGCUGUUCCACAUUUUACUAGUAAAAUGUCAAUAGAACAUGUUCUUGCAGCUUCCAGGCCUCCUUUGACAAGCAAAUCAAGUACCACAGUUUACCAGCCUCCAACAGAAACUUUAAUGACCAUGAGUACUCAACCAGCAGGGGUUCUUUCAAGUUUAUCUCCUACCACAAUAAUACCUGCAAAAAUUCUUUUGAGGACUGAAAAAGUAUCACACUUAACUGAUGCAGUUACACUGACAUACAUACCAAGCACUUCCUUAGUUUUGCAGACACUUCCAGCCUCAACCAGAAAAACAGCUGACUUGACUUUCAGCACAAGACCUUUCUCCUCCUCACCAAAACCUACUUCAACUUUACCACCAUUAAGUACAGUGGAAAAAGAAGUAUUUCAUUCAUUAUCUACGCAAAAGACAGGCACUGUCUUAGACUCUAUAGAGCAGGCAAUUACCGAAGCAUUAGAUUCUCGUCAAACACCUAGAACCUCUGUUGUCUUGUUUCCUGAAUCAGAAUCAACCUCUCCAUCAGUUUUCCCAUCAGCCACAUCAAGAACGUCCUUCACAAUCCAGAGAGAGUCAUUAACAGAUACGUUUUUAACACCCAGAGUCUCAUCAGCAGCACCCACAUCAACAAGUAAAAGUGCUACAGAGAAGAUUGCAGUUUUGUCAAAGCAAGUGCCACUUUCAACUACCACUUACAGUUCUACAUUCCCAGCAAGUAAAGUGUUGCCAGCUACAGCUCUUUCUUUAACUACAACUGCUGCUUCAGCACGUUCAGUAAUAAGCAAUACAACAACACAAAAUAUCACUAUUGUAUCAGCUGCUUCAGAAAAAACAGCAGUGACAAGAGAACCAGUUGCAACCUCAUUGGAACCCACUUAUUUGUUUGUUUCAGAAACAAAGAAAGGCAUCUUCUCUGAAACACCAGAAUCUAUAGGGCCAGAACUGGUCACAAAACCACAUUCUCUUCAGACUCCAGGCAUUAGUGGUUUUGUCACCCCUACCUCAAAAACAGUACAGACAUAUUCUCCACUUUCCACAAAUGUAACUGCUAUGCCUUUUAAAAUAGGUGUAUCAGUUUUGUCCACCAUGUCUUCAUCAUCUGAGCAAAAGACUAUAUCUUCUAUAGCUGAAUUAUCAGGCAACACUACUCUAGCUCCCAGACUUGGAACACCAUCUGUUACUGAGAGACACACACCCUCAGAGAGUUCAUUGUUAAUGACCUCAGUCCAUCCAAAUGUUACUGUGGUUGCAUCAGUUCCCCCAUUUUCCUAUUUGUCUACGAAACCACUUUAUGAGUCGUCUACAGAGUAUUCUCAUGGAUUAACAAGAGGUGAAGCUAUCUCAGAAGUCACAGCAUCAGUUUUCAUGCCAGCUGGAGAAACAUCAACGCUCCAAACUUGUGUACCAAUCACAGAGAAUGAGUGCAUAAAACACAUUUGCUUGGAUGGACAAUUAAUCCAGGUUAACAAAUCACUGAACUGCCCAUACAAUGCAACUCAGCCCAGCUGUGGAGUUCUAGGAUUCGCUAUUCAAAUCAAUGGUGACAAAUGCUGCCCUAAAUGGGAAUGCGCAUGUCGCUGUACAUUUUUUUCUGAUCUGAGCUUUGUAACCUUUGAUGGGAAUCAUUUAGCUUUAUUUAAGGAAGCAUCCUACAUUAUUAGCCAAACUGAAGAUGAAACUAUAGGUAUCCAUGUCCAUGACUGCAGAAAUAAUACCAAGAAGCGUCAUUUGAACUCAACUUCAUUAUGUCUGGCUAAGUUGAAUUUAAUGUACAUGUCAAAUCUAAUUAUUGUUGAUCGUUUAAAUAGAAAAAUAACUGUGAAUUCAAGGUACGCCUGGCCUACCAUUAGAAAAUAUGGUUUUAAAAUUGAGGAUACUGGCUUCAUGUAUGCAGUUGAGACCCCAACAAAUAUUAGAAUACAGUGGUUUCACAGUACUGGGGUGAUGAUCAUAGAAACAAAUACUACAAGUGAUCCAAAAGCUAUGGGACUAUGUGGUUUCUGUGAUGGAAACUCAGAAAAUGACCUGAUGCUACCCAACAAGGCAGUUCUAAAUAAAACUGAUGCUCCAUCAAUUUUUAUGGACAGCUGGCAGGUGCCAGGCACGUUAAUGUAUAUUGGAGAAGACAGACAUCAGGACAGUAAUUGUUCAGUCAUGGACUGCUCUGAGUGUUUAAGUCUUGUGCUGAACCAGACUUUCAGCAGGUGUCAUCCUUAUGUUCCACCUGAAUUAUUCUGUGAUCUCUGGGUCCAGGAUGUGGAAUACAUUCAAAAUCCAUGUGUAGCACAAGCUGCCUACGUAGCCAUGUGUAACAAAUUUAAUAUCUGCAUAGAAUGGAGAAGCUCGGAUUACUGCCCCUUUUCCUGCUCCGAAAACUUCUCCUACCAGGCUUGCAUACCUGCCUGUGAUGUUCCAAGUACUUGCCAGAAUAGUGAGCCUGUUCCUUGGGAUUCAGAAUUGUGCUUGGUGCUAACUGAGGGUUGUGUCUGUGCUGAAGGGAACAUCCUACACCGUGCUCAUUCUGCUCUCUGUAUUCCAGAGGAGAAAUGCGCCUGUACAGACAGUUCAGGAGCACCCCGUGCAAUGGGUGAGAUUUGGAAGACCUCUCUGAGUGGAUGCUGCAUGCACAAAUGUGUUGACAAUGAAACCAUUAUUCCUGUGGAACACAACUGCUCACAUGUUCAUGAUCUGGAAUGUCAGCGCUUUGGGGAGCUAGCCCUGAUUGUUCCCAAUGAUGACACAUGUUGUCCUGAGAAGAUGUGUAUUUGCAAUAUGAGCCUUUGUGAACCAUUAAUCCCUGAAUGUAAAGUCUUGGAAAAGCUGGUCACUUAUUACCAGGAAGAUUCCUGUUGUCCGAACUACACUUGUGAAUGUGAUCCAGCAAAGUGUGCAUCAAUGGAACAGAUUCCAAACUGCCGGGAAGACCAAACCUUGAUUGCCGCUCGCGUGGAGAGCACCUGCUGUCUAUCAUAUAUAUGCGCAUGCGGGGCUUGCUCUGAUCAAAUUCCAAAAUGUCAGGAAGGAGAAAUGCUUGUUGUAGAUGGCAACACUACAGAUAGAUGUUGUCCUGCAUAUCAAUGCGUUUGUGAAAUUUAUCGCUGUCCAGAUUUCAAAUGUGUGUUGGGGAUGUCUUUGGUAGAAGUAUGGAGUCCAGAAAAGUGCUGCCCAUAUCGUACAUGUGAAUGUGCGUGUGACAUAAUCGCUAAACCUGAGUGCAAACUGGGGGAAAAAUUGCAGAUAGAUGAACAGUUCCAGAACAGCACAGAAAAUGUCUGCAACUGUGUUAUGUACAAAUGUGUGAGAGAUAAAGUGUGUCUGAGCAAUGAGAGAGGUGUACUGCGUCCUGGCCAGACAAUUAUGGAAUACACAUCAGAUGGCAUUUGUUAUACUUUUCAUUGCACAGAUCUGAUUGAUCCUUCUACCAGCUACUAUUUGAUAAAUACUUCCUUGAUAGACUGUGCAGUCAACUGUGAAGCUAACCAAGUGUAUGUGCCUCCAAAAGAUUUAACAACCUGCUGUGGUAGCUGUAAGAAUGUGUCUUGUCUCCACACUUUCAGCAAUGGGACAGUCUCUAGUUUUAAGCCUGGUACUAUUUGGAUUUCGAACUGUGUCAGAUAUGAAUGCACAAACACAGCAGUAGGACCGGUGUUAGUUACAUCUUUGGUCAGCUGCCCACCAUUUAAUGAAACUGAAUGUGUGAAGGUUGGAGGUUAUGUUGUACCCUUUCUUGAGGGAUGCUGCAAAACAUGCAAGGAAGAUGGGAAAUUCUGUAAAAAGGUGACUGUUCGGAUGACUAUCCGCAAGAAUGACUGCAGAAGUAAUACACCAGUGAACAUUGUUUCAUGUGAUGGAAAAUGCCCUUCUGCUAGCAUUUAUAACUACAACAUCAACACAUAUGCAAGGUUCUGCAAAUGCUGCAGGGAACUUGGGCUACAAAGGCGAACUGUGCAAUUAUACUGCAGUGGCAACUCCACCUGGGUCAGCUAUGGAAUCCAGGAACCUACAGACUGUUCUUGCCAAUGGUCCUGAAACAACGUUAAA